AUGCUGAGGCCAGGGGGUGCGGAGGAAGCCGCGCAGCUCCCGCUAAGGCGCGCCCGAGCCCCAGUCCCCCCGCCCCCCGACGGCUGCCGGGCCCCGGCCCGCCUGGGUCUCGCCUGCCUGCUGCUGCUGCUGCUGGUGACGCUGCCGGCGCCCGUCGACACGUCCUGGUGGUACAUCGGGGCGCUGGGAGCCCGAGUGAUCUGUGACAAUAUCCCAGGUCUGGUGAGCCGACAGCGGCAGCUGUGCCAGCGUUACCCAGACAUCAUGCGCUCAGUGGGCGCGGGUGCCCGCGAAUGGAUCCGUGAGUGCCAGCACCAGUUCCGCCACCACCGAUGGAACUGCUCCACGCUGGACCGCGAUCACACCGUCUUUGGACGGGUCAUGCUCAGAAGCAGCCGGGAGGCAGCAUUUGUGUACGCCAUCUCGUCAGCUGGGGUGGUCCACGCCAUCACCCGGGCCUGCAGCCAGGGAGAACUGAGUGUGUGCAGCUGUGACCCCUACACCCGUGGCCGGCACCGUGACCAGCGUGGGGACUUUGACUGGGGUGGCUGCAGUGACAACAUUCACUAUGGUAUCCGCUUUGCGAAGGCCUUUGUGGAUGCCAAGGAGAAGAGGCUUAAGGAUGCCCGGGCCCUGAUGAACUUACAUAACAACCGCUGUGGCCGCACGGCUGUGCGCAGGUUCUUGAAGCUGGAGUGUAAGUGCCACGGGGUCAGUGGCUCCUGUACACUGCGAACCUGCUGGCGCGCCCUCUCAGACUUCCGCCGCACGGGGGAUUACCUGCGACGGCGCUAUGAUGGGGCAGUGCAGGUGACGGCCACCCAGGAUGGCGCCAACUUCACAGCAGCCCGCCAGGGCUACCGGCGUGCCACCCGCACUGACCUUGUCUACUUUGACAACUCCCCCGACUACUGUGUCUUGGACAAGACUGCAGGUUCCCUAGGCACUGCGGGCCGUGUCUGCAGCAAGUCAUCUAAAGGGACAGACGGCUGUGAAAUCAUGUGCUGUGGCCGAGGGUACGACACAACGCGAGUCACCCGUGUCACCCAGUGUGAGUGCAAAUUCCACUGGUGCUGCGCUGUGCGGUGCAAGGAGUGCAGGAACGCGGUGGACAUCCACACGUGCAAGGCCCCCAAGAAGGCAGAGUGGCUGGACCAGACCUGAGCACUCGGACACCUCCCUAGUCUCUCCACUCCAAACCUUCUGACGCCAACCAAAGCACCAGAUCCCUGCAUGCUCACCAUCCUCCCCCCUCAACCCUGGGCUGCCACAGCUUCUACUGAAGGACUUGGGGAGGGGUCCAGAGAGACUCUGGGGGCCUGGCUGACUCCUUAGCCCUGGGAACGAGUUGACAGGAUGUCAGGUCUCUGGAGGUUAGGAGGGAGACUGGACAAAGUAGGGGUCUUCAGAGUGAUGUGUUGCACUAAAGCACCUGGUGGUUGAGGCUUAGUCCUCCUUGUCCUUGCCUGGCUUCCUGACACCUUGUGUGUAAGAGAGGAAGGAGAGAGGGGCUUUGUGUUCCUACCUGGCUGAGGGUAGAUGGGACAGAGGUGAAGCCAUAUGUACUUUCCCUGGAAUCAGUUCUCGCAGAAUGCCCCUUACCAUGGAAGGACCUCUUAGGCUGUGACACUCGGCCUUUAGCAAGAGCUUGGGGCUGCUAGACAGCAUGGGCCACCAUGGACAAGUUGCAUUCACAUGCUCAUGUUUAUGAACCGUUGUGUUUUAUAGGGGAAAUAAUUAUAUAACUGCACAAAAACACAUUCUUUUCCAAUCCUUUCCAACCUGUAUCGGACAGCACUGCCCCCUUUGCUCACUUGCUGCCUGUUCCAACACGAGGCAGCAUGCUGUGGUUCUCCAGCUAACCGGUCAUUAGAAUGCCCUGGGAGGUAGGAAUUUGGUAGGCCCUGGGAUCUUUAUUUUUUUUACUUUUCAUGGGCGAGUCUGGUGACCGGCCAGGUUUGGAAAACACUGUGGGAAAGCUCUGAGACUCAUGGAGGGUGGGAGUGGGUGCACGGGCCCACCGGAGGCACUUGUGUGCCCAGGGAGGCAAGGGGCUCGGCGGCAGGGAGUCUUUGGGAGAGGAGGCCGUGGCGCUCUAGAGGAGGAGAUCCGGGGCGUGUGGUCAAAGUGGUGAACAGCCUUCCCCUGUUUAUUCAACAAAUCUUUAUCUAAUGACUCUCCAAGUUUUUUAAUGUCCACUCCACUCUGGACCCACGUAGUGGUGGGGUUCCUUCUACCCACUGCUUAUCUGGGUUUGCAGGGGAGGAGGUGGCCGGCUUAGUAAGCCAGAGGCUAGAAUGUAGAGUCCCCCAAACCUGGAUCUCUGUAUCUUUGUGUGUCUUCGGCAGUGCUUGUCUCUUGCCUGCUGAUCUUAAAAAGGAGCAGAGUGGUCCAGAGCUUUGUACUUAAGACAGACCUGGUGGUGCCAUUUCAUGUUUUUUAAUAUUUUAAACAAGCUAAAUUCUGAGCCUUUGUUUUCUCAUCUGUUAAAUGAGAGAAAGGGCUUAGCACUGCAUUGAGUUUCACUUAGGCCCGAACUACAGUCCAAGGAUCCUUCCACCUAAGCCCCUAAGGCCUGGUGCAGCCUGAUCUCACCAGGAACCGUCAGCUCCGGGCGAUAAGGCACUGAAGGCUGUCUGUAGAAGAAGUUCUGCAUAUAGGCCCCACUUUCCUUUCCCUUUCCCCAGGGGUCCUCACAUGUCUGUGGAGCAGCUUCACUUUGCACAGGCAGCCGGAGGACGGGGGAGCUCCAGCUCUGAGCCACAGGGGCAGAUUUAUUUGGAUGAUAGGACUAAUAUUUGUGUAACCUGUUGAGACCUGUGUGGGAGAGUUUAAGGUGGUUUUUCUGUUGGUGAGGGGGUUUGCUCCAAUUUCACAUCCAUUAACACAAAACAUGAGCUAGUCAGGGCUCUUGUGGUCUGUGGUGAGGGGAUUCCUGUGGAGAAAGGGGACUGAGUGAGUCAGGCUGGGGGAAUGUCUCCCCUGCAUAGUAGUGGAGUCAACUGGAUAACUGAUGAGCCCAUGGUAGCAUUGGGGAGGGGAGCCUGGGGCGGGAAGAGAAGAGAAGAGUUUCUCACAUCUUGAGCUGGAAUUAAAAGGAGCUGAGAUUUAGGGUGGUGGGGCUAUGAGGCUCUCACUCCGUCUGCACUCAAAACAGGCCUUAAUGAGGUGUUACUUCGUAUGCCAAGUCACUGGGAAGAGCCUCAGAUGCCCGGCAUCUCCUGCUCCUAUAAAAAUACACAGCUCACUACCGCUCACUGAAGACACAGGCUUUCCACAGGAAGUCAGCCUGACUCGACCUGUGUUCUGUGAUUGCUUCUGGGCUGUGUGGGUCUCAUCCCGUGGAAGGAAGUGGGCCUCUUCUGUGCCUCACACUGCUCGGCUUUUCCUUGGGCUCCCAUUCUUGCUCACAAAGACCCAAGUUUGGCAAUGUCCUUUAAAUUGUUAAGAGAAGAACAAGCUGUCCAGAGGGUGGGAAGUUUGGUAAGCGAGGUGGCUAACAGGAGAAAGGCGGUCCAUCUGGGCCCCACUGCAGAGGCUCUGUGGCCCCGAGACAGAACGAUGGCCAAGCAAUUCAUUUAUCUUCCGAGUCCUUCGCUUGCCUCUGCAUUCCGAUUGGCUUUAGACAACUGGCGUCCACUCUGCAAUAUACAAACAGAAACGAAUUUAUUUAGAACAGGCAACAAAACGAGAACUUUAUUUGGUGCAGUCUGCGCUCUAUUUAGUUCUGCUGCUACUUCUGUACUCGCCUGCUAAUCUCUCCAGUUCCUUAGACCCUCUACGCAAUGGAGGCCUGCCCCUCAGAGCCAAUGCCUGUCAGCCUCUCCCCUCUCCUCCCUCCUGUCUGCUGUUCCUCCUGUGUUCGCACACUCUUUAGGUAGCAUGUCGUACAGAACGUGGAGCUUAGAAUCUUCUGGAGAAGGCACAUAACUGAGGUGCCUCAGCUUCACAGACUUCAGCUGGACAGUUCUCUUUAGUCAAAGUAAGGAUGCCAGCCGGCUCCUGAAUAGCAGCAUUCAUCCAUGUGUGUGCUUAAUGUGAUGCUGGAGAAAUGAAGUGGGGGCCUUCCGAUGAAGGAAGAGAAGCACACUUUGCUGGCCUGGCUGCCCGAGUCUUGCAGAGUUGACUGCUGAGUGCUGCUGCCGCGCUUCCAUCUCCCCUGCUCCCCUCCCUCAGCAAGAGCAUUACGAAGGGAGGCCCUUGCCAAAUUCCCAGGACCAUUCAAGACAUGAGUUUUUUUGUGGCUUAAUGGAAGACAGAUCAUCAGGAUUUCUCCCCUCAUCCUUCCUGAGGUUUUUAUUUAAAUGCCCUCAGUGGUCACAGAGCCCAUUCUAGCUGGGGAAAAGGGAGGAUGCCUGGGAGAGAGAGUUUCCCAUCCCCUGGAGGCCAAGAGGCCGGCAGCCCAGCCAAAUGACAGCACCAGAGAACAAUGCGAUGCAUUCCUGGGCAGGUCGGUGGGACCCUGGGCGCCUGGACCUUGUGGAGAGAGGUGCCAGACACAGAGCUCUCCGUAAGCAAUCCUGCAGAGCCGCCCCCUGGGUGCAGAAAUGAAAUACGGGAGAGCUUCACAUUACACAGAAACCUGUAGCUUACACCUGGUUAUUGAUGGCCUUGGCGGAGGCCUCUGCCCCCACCCUCCACGUGGGAACUGCCUGCUGCUUUUGGGGAUGGGGUGGGUGGGCAUCUUUGAAGCAGUGUGGGAAAACAAAGAGAUGCUCUCUUUCCAUGUGCGCCUGCAUGCCUCCCUGGGAUACAUAUAGGGUGCACACUUAUAGACACACACGGCCUCUCACUGGCAACCAUUUUUAAAAAGCAGCUAGAUUUCACUAAAAUUUGCCUUAGAAAAAUCAUACAAAACUGGCCCCCAAACCAAGGAACGUUAUGUCAACAUUUAGGAAUGGAGAAGGCAAAGAUGAAAGGAAGGCAUGGAGAGAAGAGGACAGAGGGGACGUGCCACCCUCCAGAGUGGCUGAGAGCCUGUACGCUGGCUUGACUGGCUCACUCUGGGAGACGGGGAUGUGAUGGUGGCACCAGGUAGAAUGAGCAAACCUGCCGCUCUACAAGACUGGAUUGUAAUUUCCACCACUUCCUAGGUUAGCAAAUGUAGCUUUGAGUGCCAAGGAAGACCCUGAGAAAGGCACUGACGGGGGUUGGGGGUGGGGGGAGAUGUGUCGUCACAGUUGCCACACCAGACUGAGCUUGUCCCAGGACUUGCUACUCUGUCUGGGUUGUGGGCAGGCUGCAGGCACUAGCCAGUGGGGUCAGAGGUACAGAAGAGAGGAUUCAUAAGCUCACUCUCCCACUUCCCAUUCUGGGCUGAAAUUCUCUCUGAGCUGAAAUUCAUCAUAGGGUCUAUCUAUCUACAGGGUUGCGAUGAGUCAGCAUUGACUCGAUGGCAGUGAGGGCCUCAUUUAUUUAAGAUGUACUGCUCAUUAUGAAUGCAAGAAAGGCAAGCCACCUUCCCCUUUAAUCCCCUAUUUCUGAACUAGCUUGAUUUAAAAAAAAUUGAGUCUGCUUACUUCCACUUCUGUCUUGAGUCUAUGGAUGGGCCAACUGGACAAAGGCAUUCCUUGCCUUGACCAACGUUGCUGCAAUCUAGUAAGUUUGUGACCACACUCCCCUGUAAGUGGGUCUGACCAAACAGACAGGCUAGGGUAAGGAAGACAGUUAUUCUACAUCAGGACAACUUGUGCGGUGGGGCUUCCUGAAGAGUAACAAUGAUGCUUAUGACAAGCUCUUUGGUUUACAAACUGCCUGAACGUUAUGAUGCUCCCUACUGCCCUGUGAGGGAGGGAUUCUUCUCCUUUGACAGACACCAUUCAGAGAGGUACAGUGAUUUGUCUGGGAUCCUGUGCUGCACCGGGCCUUCUGACUUCCAAUCCUGUGUUCUCUUCAAAGAGCCAGGAUGCCCAGUGUCAGGGAACAGAAGUACAAAAUAUUCAAGCCCAGUAGGAGUGCUGGGACAGCCACAAGAGAGUAACUGAACCCAAUGUGCAAAAGGGGAAGGCUAGGUAGGCCUUCUCUGGCCCGAGCAACAAAUCCUCCUGUGCUGUCUCAGCCACCACCGCCACCACCACCAGCAUCAUGUGAUCGCUUGGCAACACCGGCUACAUGUAAGCUCUGGAUCCUUUCUACUCUCUGUUUCCUUCAGAUUUACAUUAAACAUUUAUAAUGUCA